AUGUCUCGUGUAUUCAUACUGUCUCUCUUGGCCUCGCGAGCCCUCGCAGCAAAUCCCCUCUUGGGCGCCUACCCAACCGAUCAAUGCGACGCCUGCAUGGAUGAAGUCUACACCAGCUGUCCAGGCAAUUACCAAGAGCGCUCCUACGCAACAUGCAUGUGCGCAGGCGACGGCAGCGUAAAGUUCUUGUCUUGCCUCGGAUCUUGUGAUCCUCAACUGAAUGAGCCCGCGAAUGCUGCGUCUACUUACUACGGAUACUGCCUUAUGUUCUUCAAGGAACUUUGUGAUGGCGCGGAGGGGAAUGUGGACCAAGAGACUUAUGAGACGCAGUGUUCUAAGAAGGCUAUUGCAGAGGGAGGCAUUGGAGAGAAGGGUGGUAAGAGUGGUGAUGGAGAUAAGACAGAUACUGGGAGCGAUGAUGAGGACGCUGGGUCUGAUGAAAACACCGAGAUCGUAAAGCCCACCAGGACAAAUGAAUCAGUCAGCGACAAGACCGGUGACGCCAGCGAAGCCGACGAGACAGACGCAGGUUCGAAGCAGACUGCUAUCCCAGCUGUGGCCAUCUUGGCCGGUCUUGGACUCCAGCUUGUAAAUGUUUAG